AUGCCAGGUCAGGAUCUCUCUCUCUCUCUCUCUCUCUCUCUCUCUCUCUCUCUCUCUGGAUUUUAUUUCUCACUUUCUUCUUAUGCAUUUCCUUCGACUUUUUUUAUUUUCCUUUUUUCUUUUCUUUUAUUAUUACACAUUUCCAUUUACUAUUUCCUUUCUCCAACUUUAAUUUUUUUUUAUUUUCUUUCAUUUCCCUUCUUUGUUUAUUUCUCUCUUUCUAUAUUAUUUGUUUUCUUCUCCCAAACAUUCUCUCUAGUCUUAUAUCUAUCUAUCUAUCUAUCUAUCUAUCUAUCUAUCUAUCUUAACCCGUUUAUAUCUAUCUAUCUAUCUAUUUGUUUGUUUUUUGAUCCUAAAAUUUCGCUUAUCCUUUACCUUUUUUUUCAUUUUAAAAUGAUCUUCCUUGUUUUAUCUUUUCUUUCUCUCAUCCUCUAUCUCAACAAAAAUGUAGUCUGUGAUGAAGAAUUCAUCUCACUAUCUUCAAUCAAUGUGCCACGGCCAUUCUCUCAUGAUGAACUUUAUGAAUCACUGGGAGACAUCAAUCUCAACAAAAGAUCCAGUCCAACCCUUGUAUUCUAG